UCACGGACCUCCUUGCGACUUGUAUCGCGCAGCAGGAGGACAUCCACUCCCUCAACCACACCAACAAGGUGUUACAGCAGUCGGUGGACCAGAUGCUCAAGCGCAUGCAGCAGCUGGAGCAGCAGGUCGCUACCGCCAACACCAGCGCCGGCCCCUCCGACCUCGUCGACCGCGUUAAUGUCUUGGAGAUCGACGUGGGAACACUUAAGACUGGGACACAGCAGCUGAAACAGCAGGGUUCCGCAGCAGCCGGCCCCAGCGCAACGACACGUGAAACUAUUGCCAAGUUCGAUGGGCUCCCGAUCUUCUGUGACGCAUCGAAGACCGACCCCAUCCAGUGGUGGCGCCAGUUUGAACUCAAGCUGGAUAUCCACCACGUCAUUGACGCAAAUCGGCAUGCAUAUUUGUACUCCCGCUCGGGAGGCGCAUGUCAGGCAUGGUUGGACAACAUGCUGUCCGCACAUGCAUGUACAGUCACCGAGUUGCACAAAUACACCACCUGGGCAGAUCUCACGGCGGCAUGGAAGAAGCAUUUCCAAGUAGAACCGCCCGAGCACCAGGCAAUGGACAAGCUGCUGACAUUUUUGCAGAAUAGCAAGCGAAGCGGAGACUGGAUAUCUGAGUUCCAACGGUUGGCAACCACGCCCAAGUUGCCGAUGAACUUCGACGGCAUCAAGCUUUACUUCAUCAAGAGGUCGUUCCCAGCGUUGCAGAAUGCGUUAUCUCAAGUCGCGAGAACCUCAACACAACGGACCGAAGAGAUAGGCUUAUGUUUUCUUCAAACCGUCGCGGUAGCCGAAUCUCAACCCACGGACUUGUCUUCAGACCCCCGGGUGGUGCGGUUGCCCGACGAAUUCGCCGACGUCUUCGAGUCACCUACUGGCGUGGUGCCGGAUCGAUCGAUCUCGCACGAGAUCAUUCUCGACGCCGGUGUCGUGCCGCCAAAAGGUUGCAUUUAUCGCAUGAGCGAGGAGGAACUUACAGUACUCCGCGCGCAGCUCGACGACUUGUUGGACAAAGGCUGGAUCCGGCCUAGCAGCUCACCCUAUGGUGCGCCGGUUCUCUUCGUUUGGAAAAAGAACAAAGACCUUCGCCUAUGCAUCGAUUACCGCAAGCUCAAUGCGCAAACCGUCAAGAACGCGGGACCUCUUCCUCGUAUUGACGACCUUCUGGAACGCAUGGGCGGUGCGGAUUUUUUUUCCAAACUGGACUUGAAGUCAGGAUAUCAUCAGAUCUCGAUUCGGCUGCAAGAUCGCUACAAGACCGCGUUCAAGACACGGUACGGGCACUUCGAGUGGGUCGUCAUGCCUUUUGGACUCACCAACGCACCGGCUACUUUUCAAGCGGCGAUGCCCAACGAGUUUCGUGCAAUGCUGGACCGGUUCGUGCUGGUCUAUUUGGACGACAUCCUCGUCUAUAGCCGGACCUUGGAGGAACAUCUUGACCAUCUUCGACGAGUGUUGGAGACACUCUGGCGCAUCAGUCCGUUGUCGGACAAGAUUCAAGCCGUCCAAGAUUGGCCGGAGCCGCGGAACGUCACGGAUGUCCGAUCAUUCCUUGGCCUUGCCGGCUACUACCAACGUUUCAUCAAAGGGUACUCGAAGAUCGCGGCUCACUUAACCAAGCUUCAAUGCGAGGACCGACCGUUUGACUUCGGGACGGAUGCGAGUGAAUCAUUCUUGACCCUCAAGGCCACAUUGCUCUCCGUGGAAGUAUUGCGGAUAUACGACCCGCUAUUGCCAACACGUGUCACCACGGACGCGUCCGACUAUGGCAUUGGUGUUGUCCUCGAACAACAUGACAGCGCGGACUGGCACCCGGUCGAAUACUUCAGCAAGAAAGUGUCGGUCGUGCACUCAAUCCAUGAUGCACGCAAGAAGGAACUUCUCGCCUUCGUCCAUGCACUCAAGCGGUGGCGGCACUUCCUCCUUGGUCGACGCCAGUUCCGAUGGGUAAUGGACAACAAUCCGUUGGUCUUCUACAAGUCUCAGGACACCGUCAACAGCACCAUCGCCCGUUGGAUGACCUUCAUCGACCAAUUCAACUUCUUUCCCGAUCACAUUCCGGGGAAGUCAAACCGUUUUGCGGAUGCUCUUUCACGGCGUCCGGACCACUACACCGCGGUCUACUCAACCUUCGAGAUCGAGGAUGACUUGUGGGACAGUUUCAUCCGCGGCUAUCAAGCCGACCCCAAGUUUCGCUACAAGCACGCAAAUUGUUCCUCUCCCAAUCCGGCGCCUUCGCAUUAUCGGAUCCAAGAGGGAUACAUGCUCGUUCACUCGCGGGGGAAGGAUCUCCUUUGUGUGCCGCAAGAUUCACACUUGCGCACGCGGCUUCUUGGCGAGUUCCACGACGCCCCCGCCAUUGGACAUUUUGGAGUCAAUUGUGCGAUUGGCCGACUCUGCGAGCGCUUUUGGUGGCCCGGUCUUCUCGACGACGUCACCCGCUAUUGCGAGUCAUGCGAGGUUUGCCGACGUUGCAAAUCACGCAAUCAUCGUCCGUACGGCGAACUGCGACCAUUACCGGUCCCCUUUCGCCGAAGGGAAGCGAUUGCCAUGGACAUUACCAGGCCAUUCCCCAAGCAUAAGACGGGUGUGGAUGGGAUUCUCACGGUGGUUGACCGACUCACUAAGUUUGCCAUAUUUCUGCCUUGCCGCUAUCAUGUCAAGGCACCAGAGUUGGCCGAGGUUCUCUACGUCGGUUGGAUUCGAACCAAGGGUUACCCCAAGGAGAUCGUCUGCGACCGCGACACUCGGUUCAUGUCCGAUUUUUGGUUGGCGCUCAUCAAACGAUGGGGCUCAUCCCUCAAGCCAAGUUCGGCUCGCCACCGGGGCCCACCCCCAAACUGAUAGCCAAACGGAGAGGGCACAUCAGACCGCACAGGUCCUCCUUCGAACUCUCAUCCGUCCCGACCAGAAAGAUUGGGUUGAGCGGCUGCCGGAUGUCGAGUUGGCAUACAACUCG